AUGAGUGCUGCCGAAUCCAUCCAAAGCAUUGCUUCUGCUCUGCUCGCUCAGAAGUCCUUGAGUUUGGUCUCCUGGCAACCGAUCCAAACCCUCUGGGCAGGCUACGGCCAAAUCUGUCGUGUCAUCGCAUCACCUGACCUUGCAUCAAAAAGUAUCUUGGACAGCUCACCCAUCUGUAUUGCGCCUCCUGCAUCAGUCUUUGACUCGUCCUCAACCUCAGGGGUUACCUCAAUAGCGAGUUCGGAGAAAUCAACACCUUUGGAGUCGGAUAAUUCGACCCCACUAGAAUUCCAAUCAUGGAUCUUGAAAUACAUCGCACCUCCAUCCACAAAAAGAAGUGGAGAUGAGGGACAUGUUCGAAAGAUCCUCAGUUACCAUAUUGAACAAUACUUCUACACCUAUCUUGCCAAUCAAAUGCCAGCCGAUAUACCAGUAGCUACCUGUUUAGCAAGCAUCAAAUCAGAUUCCACAUCCUCGGCCAAUUCGAAUGUCAGUUCUGGUAACCCGAAUGUAACAGCCAUGCUACUGACGGAUCUUCGAGCUGGGUUUCCAGUAGCGGGUGAAAAGCGAUCUGAAUUGAAUGAGAUCCAAGUGCAUGCUGCGCUGAAUUGGCUGGCCAAAUUUCAUGGAUUUUGGUGGGCUCGUGUUGAGAAAUUCGACAGAGAAGACCUGGCUAGGCCACCACUCGACGAGGUGAAGAGGGGCAAAGAAGGUUCGAUAGAUGGCGUCUGGUUGAACGGAGGAUACACAUAUCUUGCCACCAGAAGAUCUGAAUACGCAUUUCUAAUGGAGGAAGAAGACUCUGAAUGGAGCCAGGCUCUCUGCUUGGCAACGGAUGGUGAGAAAUUAUCGCUUGCUGAAAGGGUUGCCGUAGCUUUAGCUCCUCGUGUGGAUGGGCAAGGGAGUCUAUCAAACUACGUGACGCUCAUCCACGGGGAUGUCAAAUCAGAGAAUUUAUUCACAACUCGUUCCGGUGAUCAAGUUGCGUUCUACGACUUCCAGUACGUAGGAUUGGGACUCGGAGUUUGCGACUUGGCAAAACUGUUUACUUGCUCGGUUCCAUUGCGCAUGCUUGGAGAUAGUGCUAUACCGGAUAAGCUUCCGAUGCAAAACGGCGAGAAAGUGUUGCUUGAGAGGUAUCAGAAACAGAUUGAAGCGUCAUCGGGCAAGAAAUAUCCUUGGGAUGUUUUGGUAAAACACUGGGAGUCUGCUCUCGUUGAUUGGUUGAGGUUUCAAGCAAGUUGGGGAUUCUGGGGAAAUACUGAGUGGCUUGAAGCGAGGGUGAGUUACAUACUAAGUGAUGCGGAAUGGAGUGCUUGGUUAGACAGAGCGAUAGAAUGA